UAUAUACAUUUAUAAAAAAUAUACUUUUUUUUUUCUUUUAAAUACUUUCUUUUUAUUAUUAUUAUUAUUACAUACAUAUAUUCUUAUAACAAAUGCAUCCACUUGUACAUUCACCUACACAGACAUCAUUAAAAUCAAAAUGGAAUAGUUUCAAGACUUGGAUAAUACCUGAUUCAAACAAGAGGCGUCCUUCUCAAUGCAGUACAACAUCUACUAUAUCAAAUAUAUCUACAAAUAAUACAAUUUGUUGCUGCUGUGCAACUCAUCAGCCAUUUAUUGUCGUAACAGACCAUCAAGAUUCGACCUUAUUUCAAAAGAGUCCUCUUUUAGUAGGAUCAGAGAGUUUAGUAGGCACUGUAGUUGAUAAAUGUAUGUCACCCUUUCGAAGAAGGUCCUCAACUGCAUCCAGUACGUCCAUGAAUGACAGUCUAAUUCUUAAAAGAAAACAAUUACUGGAGAAGAUGAAUGAAUAUUAUAAUUUGGCUAUGGAUGAAAUUAAUUAUGCAGAGGAUUCACGAGGCUCGCGGUAUUAUUCUGGAGAUCUUAUUGCAGCAAAGGAAGCAAUUGAUCAAUGUGAAGAAGUUUAUUUACUAUUAUUAGCUGAAGAUCCAAAUAAUAGAAAAUACUUACAAUCAACUAUUGGUAUUAAAAUAUCAAAACUAAAAUCAAAAUAUGCAACAUUACCUUUACAAGACGAUCCACUUUCUUUUUAAAAGAAGACUAAUAAUAAUAAUAUAUAUAUAUUUUUUUUUCUUUCCUCUUUGUAAAUAUAUAAAUAUAUACAUUUUAUCAAUUUAUUACUUGUUUAU